ACUUUUUGACCUUCCUGUUUCCUGGAACUCAGCCAUGGUGGUGUGUCACUUUGUACUUUGCAGACAAGGGCAUCACCUUUGAUGUGUCGGAGGCACUUGAGUGAAAGAAUUUUGGCUCCUAAAGAUUUUGCAGAACAGAGAUGACAUGCCAGCCCAGACUUUCAUCAUCUCCACCUUCCACGAAAUGGGUCGUCUGUUUCUUCAUUCCGCCUCAUGGAGAAGAUACUUUGAAGGACCACAGGAAGUUAUGUGCUUCUUUGAAGCGUUUUCCAACAGUAUAGACCUCAUGAAUCACAUCCUCCAUAUAGAUGAUGCCAUAUUUUCCAAGAGAUCGUGCAAAGCGUUGUCUGUCAAAGCAAUUCGUUUCUUAUUGAUUUUGCCAUAACCACGCUUGUAGAUUAGUUUAUUUACUGACUUCAGAUUUAGGUACCCACAUGCAAUGUAUGGCUCUACAAUCCUCAGCAUGUUAAUUGGCCUUCACAAAGGUUCCACUGAAGAUUUGACAAAGGCGAAGAAGCUGCAACACAUUUCGGACCUUUGGGCUCACACCAUCGAUACCUCUGAUCCUGAUGACAAACGCCAAUCUGGAUUCUGCAGUUCCAGGAGGCCAUGAAUUCUGGGAGGACACCGUUAACCCACUACAGCCAUUGAGAACAGGAGCAGGAGGCUGGAUGCGGUGGCUCACACCUGUCAUCCCGGCACUUUGGGGGACCUACGCAGCAGGAUCGCUUGAGCCCAGAUGUUUGAGACCAGCCUGCGCUCCGCGCCCCCAUCGCCCCUCCUGCGCUAGCGGAGGUGAUCGCCGCGGCGAUGCCGGAGGAGGGUUCGGGCUGCUCGGUGCGGCGCAGGCCCUAUGGGUGCGUCCUGCGGGCUGCUUUGGUCCCAUUGGUCGCGGGCUUGGUGAUCUGCCUCGUGGUCUGCAUCCAGCGCUUCGCACAGGCUCAGCAGCAGCUGCCGCUCGAGUCACUUGGGUGGGACGUAGCUGAGCUGCAGCUGAAUCACACAGGACCUCAGCAGGACCCCAGGCUAUACUGGCAGGGGGGCCCAGCACUGGGCCGCUCCUUCCUGCAUGGACCAGAGCUGGACAAGGGGCAGCUACGUAUCCAUCGUGAUGGCAUCUACAUGGUACACAUCCAGGUGACGCUGGCCAUCUGCUCCUCCACGACGGCCUCCAGGCACCACCCCACCACCCUGGCCGUGGGAAUCUGCUCUCCCGCCUCCCGUAGCAUCAGCCUGCUGCGUCUCAGCUUCCACCAAGGUUGUACCAUUGCCUCCCAGCGCCUGACGCCCCUGGCCCGAGGGGACACGCUCUGCACCAACCUCACUGGGACACUUUUGCCUUCCCGAAACACUGAUGAGACCUUCUUUGGAGUGCAGUGGGUGCGCCCCUGACCACUGCUGCUGAUUAGGGUUUUUUUAAUUUUAUUUUAUUUUAUUUAAGUUCAAGAGAAAAAGUGUACACACAGGGGCCACCCGGGGUUGGGGUGGGGGUGUGGUGGGGGGUAGUGGUGGCAGGACAAUAGAAGGCAUUGAGCUUUUUCUUUCAUUUUCCUAUUAAAAAAUACAAAAAUCA